AAAAGAUGCAAUUUGCGCGCGCACGCUGGCUAGUGGCUAUUGUGUGUGAGUGAGUCGUUCAACAUUUAUGCGGAUGUGUAUGUAAGUGGGAGGGGUGGGGGGAAAUGUCUGUAGCACAUAACCGAAGAUAACGCAACUAUCUAAGGUUAAAACAUUCUGUGACAACAGAAAAUAGGCUGGGUUCACUGUGGGUAAAUUACCCGAAUUAAUGACUGUUCGGAAUUAAAAUAAUCCCACAGCCUUUGCAAUUUAACUUCGAGGUGUGGACUACUGAAGAGCAGUAUGUAACCUCUGAAAUGUUUAGUAGGGAUAGCGGUUACCGUGGUUUCGGCAUGUGAAACGUGUGCUAUCGGUACGUUUAAAUGCCUGUGUUGAUGAUUGCAUGUAUUUUUCAUUUAUUUAAACUGGAAGAAAAUAUGCUACGUUUAGCGUCUAUGUCGCAUAAAUACGGAUAAAACCACUGAAGAACAAGAAAGCUGACAUGAGACUAGCUGAUUAUUUCGGCUUUUGAAGAUAUAGAUCUCAACAAUUAAAGACUUAGAGGAGAGAGAGCGAAUAGACACAGAAGAACCAGUAAAACGCGAUGAGAGUAUAACUUACAGUUUAUAGUGAAGUGGAGUAUUUGCAACAAUUGUGAAGUGCUGUUUGAAAUGAAUGUAAACUUUGAUUGAGUUCAUUUACUGGAGGGUGUAAAUGUCGGUAAACCAUACCAAGAGACAGUUAUGGAAAACAGUGCUACUGGAAGAACAUGAAAAUUUAUAAAAUAAACUUAGGAGUCCGGGGUGUCGUAUAAGAAACUCGAGGUGCCCUAGAAACCUCCAGUUUCCGUGCAGUACUGCUGCAAUGACAGUAACCAGCCCUUAAAAGCUUCUGCAUCGGUGUCUGCUACUUUCCCUUUGAGUACACUUUAAAAUAUGUGUAAAUAAUUAUUUAAUGGAAUCAAAAAGGGGUUAUGUCAGUUAUCCGUUGCUGACAGCUGAGUUCGUGGUUGGCAAUCACAAGAUUGCUUGGUUUCCUACUACCUUCCUAAUGAUGCUGAGUUGAGUGGAAUAUGGAAGAAGACACAGAUGCAAGAUCUUUUUGGAAGAAAAAUGCAAAAGCUGUUCCAGGAAGACCAAGCCCCAAAAGGGAGUCCAGACCACAGAGGCAGCGAGGUGCAUCAAGCUCAACUUCAUUCCAAGAUUUCCAAGAAAGCGUCAGUGAUGCAUGGGAUAUAGGUGAUGAUGAAUUUUGUGUUAUAUCAGAUGUAAAGAUUUCUAAACGUGUGGCACAAUCAGCUGCAAUGACUGUGAUUAACAGUCAUCGCCAUACUUCCUCCGAAGCAGCAUUUGCUGAUAUUUCUCCACAUACGCAGAAUUUCAAAUCUGAGGGAAAUGUGCUUACCUUUUCUGCAAAAAGAGCAUCCUCACUGUCACCUGUGCGAAGUUCACAACAACAACAACAACAACAACAACAACAACAACACCAGCAGGAGCAGCAGCAGCAGCAGCAGCAACAACAACAACAACAACAACAACAAAGUUCUACGCUGCCACAACACUGUUCUCCAACAGUGUCUCGUAACUAUCCUGGAAGACCACGACCCAUGCUUUCAAGUCAGGGUCGCUCAAAGAUUUGUCUUUCCUCUAAGGAAGGCUCAGAUUCAGAAGGAAGUAAGCUAGAAAGGUUUCAACCAUUACUGGAAAGUUCUCUUUUGAAUUUAGAAGACCUCAGACACCUUAGUUGGUCUGGCAUUCCAGUAAAAGUGAGACCAAUCACGUGGCGCCUCCUAUCUGGUUAUUUACCAGCAAGCUUAGAACGAAGGCAGCAAGUGUUGGAACGCAAACGAAUAGACUACUGGAAUCUUGUGAAACAGUAUUAUAACACAGAGAGAGAUGAAACUUACCAAGAUACAUACAGGCAGAUUCAUAUAGACAUCCCUCGCAUGAGCCCACUGAUUGCCUUGUUUCAACAAAAGACUGUUCAAGAAAUGUUCGAAAGAAUAUUGUUUAUCUGGGCAAUUCGACAUCCAGCAUCUGGUUAUGUUCAGGGCAUAAAUGAUUUAGUCACACCAUUUUAUGUAGUUUUCCUGCAGGAAGUGAUACCAGAAGAUGGUGAUAUUGACAACUAUGAUGUUGAAAGUUUGCCACAAGAUCAUAGAGACAUAAUAGAAGCAGACUCAUUUUGGUGCCUUUCAAAAUUUCUGGAUGGCAUCCAGGAUAAUUACAUUUUUGCACAACUUGGUAUUCAGCAUAAAGUCAAUCAACUCAAGGAGCUUAUUCAACGAAUUGAUGGCCAGCUGCAUAGGCAUCUCCAGAAUCAUGGAGUGGAUUAUUUACAGUUUUCUUUCCGGUGGAUGAACAAUCUGUUGACCCGUGAACUGCCAUUACACUGUACAAUUCGCCUAUGGGAUACAUAUCUAGCAGAGUCCGAUGGAUUUGCCUCGUUCCAGUUAUAUGUGUGUGCUGCAUUUCUCUUGCAUUGGAGAAGAGAACUCUUGCUUGAAAGAGAUUUCCAGGGCCUUAUGUUGAUGCUGCAGAAUUUGCCUACACAGAAUUGGACCCAUGCUGAAAUAGGAAUGCUAGUGGCAGAAGCAUACCGACUGAAAUUUACCUUUGCAGAUGCACCAAAUCAUCUUCAAAGUGGAGAAAGAUGACACCCGGAUCCUGUGAACUUGCAUCGUGUCAAUUAUGUUUUAUAUUAUUUGUAGGGAUGAAAGAAGGUUGGCGGAGAAAUAUUUUAUUUAGUUUGGCCUUUAUAUUGCACUGCUUUGUAUAUUCUUGUUGAUAAUCAGCUGUUAUGGUAUUUUGCCAAAAUACAUUUAUAGAUUUAGUUGCAGUCAGUAUGUGGAACAUAUUCACCAGGAGUCCUCGAGAGCAAAGUAAUCUGUGUGUGUGUGUGGGGGGGGGGG